GAACCGCUGAACGCAGGUGGCAUAAAGAUGAUGGUGGCAUAGUGAGAAAGCUGGGUCAGUCUGGCUGGUUGAGGUGUGGAGGGGACACCACAAACCACGCCAGGAUUCUGACAAAUUCCCACUGCCCUCAGUAAAUCUCCUCAUCGUCUCCAUGUCUAUCCCUGGACCGUAGCUACAAUUAUGGUGACGCUUAUCACAGAGCAGCUCCGUAAGCAGAGUUUGGAAGAGCCUUAUCACAAGGCUUUUUCAUUCAAUGUGAAUGUGUCAUUACCUGCUGUGGGCUCCAGUCCCACUACCUCGUGGAGUGCCUGCAGAUCAACACAAGAGACCAGCUUAGCUACGCACCCACCAUCCAAAGGCAAUCCUCAAGAUACUUCCUGUGGACAGGACUCCCUAUGGCUUCCCUACCAAGGUGGGGAACCUCUGCACAGACCGGAGGUUUCCAUUAAAGACAAGGCUUUCCAGAGCUCUCCUCCACCACCUCCUCCAAAACGCCACUGCCGUUCCCUUUCUGUUCCAGAGGACCUGUCUCGGUGCCGCUCCACCUGGCAUCCUAGUGCAUCCAAGGUUUGGACCCCGGUAAAACGUGGUUGCCAAAGUGGAGGAGCAUCUAGUUCAGGCUCUGGAGCCAGCUCUUUGCCACUUGGUGGCCCUGGUUCCUCCUUCACCUCUUCUUCUCUGCACUCCUCUUCUAGCCCUACUUUCUUUAGCUUAGCACUGUCCUCUGACUCCCCACUACCAUGGAGCUUUCCAUGGGACCCCUGUGACACACUGAAAGGAGCCUGCUCUGCCUCCUUUGCUACCCCUUCCUCCUGCUCCUCUUCACCAGCCCCCCUGGUUUCUCACUCAGUGCUACAUCGCCGCUUUUCCCUCUCCCCUGUGCACAUUCAUGACACCUCUGUGGUGCUCCUGCCUCCUCAGCCCUCCCCUGCUUCUGCUCUGACAUAUGGCUGUUCAGGCAUGGAGCACCCUGCCCUGUCUCCAUCUCCCACAUCAGCCUGCAGUACACCAUCCUCCUCUAGGCGCGACCUGCACCCAGCUCUGCCACGAUGCCAUUCACAGCCGUGCGACAUGCGAAAACCUCGCUUGAAGAGGCGCCAUGACCAAGAUGCCCUGCCCUGCCCCAGGCCAGGCCUUGACUUCAGCAAGAUGAAACAGAUUGGUAACGGUGAGACCCUAGUGUGUGGUACUAGUGGCUGCAUAGUUCCAGUGUCCUCCCAGGCAGAGCAGCACUCUACUUUCUCCCCUGCUGAGUUCCUGGGUCGAGCGAGCAUUGGGCCGCUAAGUGAAAGUGAAGAAGAGGAGGAAGAGGAAGAAGACGACGAAGAUCAAAUAAAAAGAACUGUGACAGAUGGAGGAAAAACUAUUUUUGAAAGAGACUGCACAGAACUGGACUUGAACCUUAUAGAAGAGAACUGACCACCACUCCUUGGUGCUCAGUGUGAUUACAGCAUUCAUAACCAUGUUAAGCACACCUGUAGGCUUUGUGCGCUCUUCUGGCAAAGUCCUUGGGAAACUGCUGCCCUCCUAAGGCAUACGUCUAGAGUUCAUAAUCAAGAACCAAGCAGUUAGGAGCAUUAUCAAAUUACAAUGUUAUGAUUGUAACCUUUUGAGCUAGUUCACUGUUCAACAUUUCACAAAGUCACAGUGCCUGCCUAUUCAACACUCCAUAGGGAAAUGUGCAUGAGCAAAUACCAUAAGCGCAUUUUCAUGCACACAGAAUUUUGGCUAAUCUAACAUGUUGAUACAAGUCUUAAUUAGCGUUAACCAUCAGUAUGCAUCUUGAUAUCCUUUACAUAUACUCCAACACUAUAUACUGGAGUAAGCAGAAGGUAUAUAAUGGGAUAGAGGAAAGCAUUCCUACAUUCCCUAUUGGAUACUGGACAUGACUGUAUGUAAGCUGUUAAAGGUGGACAUAACGCUACCAUGAGUAGGUCAGAAACUUGAUUUGCCCAAACAAGAUAAGAAUACUGAUCUGUAUGUAAUUGUUGUUUUAACAGGAUACAUUCCAGGAUUUUGUUGCAAUCUCUGAAAUCCCCCACAGACCUUAAAGACACAUCUACUUUUACUGCUGAUCUGUCUUUAAUUUUUAGUUUGUCCUUUUUGGAGUGACACUACUUCAUCAAAGAGAAACUUUUCUGAGACUGGCAAAAAAGGAAAGCUCCCCCUUUUGUUCAUACGUUGUUUUUGAUUUCUGCUUGAAACUUUUAACACACCUCCUCAACAGUAAUACUGACAAUACUGUAAACUGACCAUGCCUUAAGCGUGAAAUACAGAGUUCUUGGUGCUCUGGUCUUCUUUUUCACAGCCAGACAUUUUUGCAAUCUCCAUUUGCGCUGAUUCAGACAUUUUUGAAUGAGUGGCACAUGCACUAUAAUAGUCAAUUGAAUAACUGAAUCGAUGCUGCAGCUGGACUCCAUAGGGCACAAUGUAACGGACUGUACGGUGGUUGGAGUACACAACAUCGAGCCAAUUCUGUGAGUGUAUGUGACAAAGGCGGUAGUGAUGCAGAUGAUUUGGUGGCCUUUCAGAAACGAUUUUUCAUGUGUUUUCAGAUGGAAAAAAUUCCUGUUGCACAAUUUAUGUACAAAUAAAAUUUAAUAGAGAAUGAUAU